AUGAGUUCUCCGCCUCCACCUGAGCCCUGUAAAGAGGGCAUCAGAAGAGAAGAUUGGGACAAGUGUGUAAGGCACGGAACAUGGAGAGUUGCUAUUGGAAUAAUCGUGGGUGCCAUCGGAUCAGCCGUCGUUGUAAGCGAAAUGCCGAUGGUGGUUGGCACCGGGUUGGGCAUAGGGUGGGCGGUGAGGCAUUGUAAGAACAUCCUAAGAAAAGCUGAUCCGUCUCAGGCGAAACCUGUAGUAGAAGACCCUUGCGCCUGCUGUAAUUCGAAUUUCGAAGCGUUGGAUAAGAAUGAGUUUGAGACCAAUAUUGAACCGACAGUUCCUCCGAUAGAGACCCCUCCUCCACCGCCAACUGAAAUUAUUGAGGAGGAAAAAUGCACAUGUAAUGAAAUUCCAGUGAACUGGUCACCACCAAGACCAGUAGAUGAUUCUGAACACCCAAUAGGAUGUUCUUGCUAUCGGUAA